UUCAUAUGACAAACCGGUAUUGUGUUCACUGUGAAAUUGUGAAAAAAAAGUAAAAAAAAUUAGUUAUUCGUUUCCUAACAUUUCAAUUGGAAAGCAUCAAAUCAAUCACGUGUAUUGUGCAAAUUUUUAUUCAAUUUUAACAGCAGACAUUUGUCUUUAAGGUCGUAAGUUGAACUGUGUAAAUUAUGUGGAUCGUACAUUUGAGGUUAAAUUCACCACUCUGUCCAUAGUCCAAAAUGCCUAGAGGACGACGGGCGAACAUCGGCCGCCGCACAAGACAUGCAAGCCAGCAACAAGUGUAUUCACAGAACUUAAGCGAAGAAAGACAAAAUAUAAUAAGAGAAAAUGCCCGAUUGAGACAACGCGUGAGCACACGAAGAUCAUUGGCAUCAUACAAUCGCUUGGCAUUCCAAUAUGAUCCCACUGCGAACUACAGUGAUGAUGAAAAUUUAGAUAUUGGACCAAUGACGACUAUAUGCCGAUAUUGCAAUGCGUUAAAGUUCAAAAGAGAAACGGCUGGAUUGUGCUGCGCAAGUGGAAAAGUCAAACUAGAUCCAUUACUUACACCACCACAGCCACUGAAACUAUUGUUCGAUGGAACUGAUCCCGAUUCCAGCCAUUUUCUUCAACACAUCCUUGAAUACAAUAACUGCUUUCGCAUGACUUCCUUUGGCGCUAAUAUCAUUCGAGAAGGCGGCUUCAUGCCGACUUGCAAGGUAAAAGAUACAAAACACAUAACCAAUCACUCACACCAACACAAUGAAUUGUAACACAUAACAACUACAUAUACACCACACACUACAUCAUCACACGAAGUUACACCGUAUUCUUCAACAAAUGAUUAUUUGCAAUUACAAAUCCAAGGACAAAUAUAUAAUUUUCAUGGUUCAAUGGUGCCAACACCAAAUGAACCGCAUCAAUUUCUGCAAAUAUAUUUCAUUUCGUCGAUGGUGGAUCAGCUGAAUGUGCGGUGCAAUAUACAGGGAACUCAACAGUUAAAGAGACGAAUUAUUGAACAGUUGCAAGCAUUUUUUCACGCUAAUAAUGCUGAGGUUAAUAUGUUCAAAACAGCAUUGGAACGAAUGCCAUCGGAUACGCACAAAUUUAUCAUAAGAGCGGAUUGUACCCCAACAGGUGAACAUGUGCGAAGAUUCAAUGCACCCACCGUUAAUGAUGUUGCUGCAAUUAUUGUUGGCGAUCCAACUAAAUCGCGAGACAUUGUCGUUCAGCGAAGAAGCAAUAUCAUGCAUCGUGUAAACGAGACACAUCGUUUGUACGAUGCGUUACAAUAUCCAAUCAUUUAUUGACAAGGGCAAAACGGAUACGACAUCACGUUGAAGAUGGUCGAUCCAAUUACAGACGUAUCAACGAAUAAAAAUCUAAGCGCAAUGAAUUACUAUGCGUAUCGUAUGAUGAUUCGUACACAUGAGAAGAAUGCCAUUCUGAAGUGCCGUCGGCUAUUCCAGCAAUUCGCUGUCGACAUGUAUGUCAAAGUCGAGACUGAACGUUUAGCGUUCAUCCGAUUCAAUCAGGCAAAGCUACGAUCUGAGGACUAUAUACACUUGCGUGAUGCUAUUCAUUCAGAUGGUGAUGUUCAAAAUAUUGGACGUCUGACGAUUCUCCCAUCAUCUUAUAUCGGAAGCCCACGCCACAUGCACGAAUACGCUCAAGACGCUAUGACGUACGUGCGAAAUUAUGGAACUCCGGAUUUAUUUAUUACGUUCACAUGCAAUCCGAAGUGGACGGAAAUUGAACGUGAGUUAGAACCGGGCCAAAAACCGCAAGAUCGCCAUGACAUAAUCGCCAGAGUAUUUCAGCAAAAACUCAAGGUUAUGAUGGAUGUGCUUACUAAGUAUCGAGUUUUUGGUGACACACGUUGUUAUAUGUACUCGGUGGAAUAGCAGAAGCGUGGACUACCGCAUGCUCAUAUCCUAAUCUGGUUGCUGAACAAAUUACAUUCAAAUGAAGUGGAUGACAUCAUAUCAGCUGAAAUUCCUGAUCCAGUCACUGAUCUCCAUCUACACGAUAUUGUGACAACACAGAUGGUGCAUGGACCGUGCGGUGCAUUAAAUCCAUUAUCGCCUUGCAUGGCUGAUGGAAAGUGCACAAAACGAUAUCCGCGACCGUUAGUUGCUGAAACAGUCACAGGGAACGAUGGAUAUCCAGUUUAUCGUCGGCGUUCAAAAGAAAAUAAUGGUCGAACUAUCAAAGUUAAAGUUCAAAAUCAAGAGAUUGAGAUCGGAAAUGAAUUCAUUGUACCAUAUUGCCCGCUGCUAUCAAGAAUUUUCGAAACACAUGCAAACGUUGAGAGUUGUCAUUCGGCCAAAUCAAUCAAAUAUUUGUGCAAGUACGUCACAAAAGGCAGCGACAUGGCUGUGUUUGGUAUUGCGUCGGAAAAUGCGAAUGACGAAAUCAGUAACUUCCAAAUGGACAGAUACGUCAGUACUAAUGAAGCACUGUGGCGAUUAUUGUCAUUUCAAAUUCAUGAAAGAUAUCCCACAGUUGUACAUUUAGCAGUGCAUUUGGAAAAUGGCCAAAGAGCUUACUUCACUGAGGCUAAUGCGGCACAACGAGCUGAAAGACCACCAUCGACAACAUUGACUAGCUUCUUUGCAAUGUGUGAAGCAGAUCCAUUCGCAGCGACGCUGAUGUACGUUGAAAUGCCCAAGUAUUACACUUGGAAUCAAUCAACAAAGAAAUUCCAACGUCGCAAACAAGGAACCCCAGUUCCAGAUUGGCCACAGGUGUUUUCCACUGAUGCACUAGGUCGCAUGUAUACUGUUCAUCCUAGAAAUGAUGAAUGUUUUUAUUUGCGACUGCUGUUGGUAAAUGUACGUGGACCAAAAUCAUUUGCGCAUUUGAAAACUGUGAAUGGCCACCAAUGCCAAACAUAUCGAGAAGCAUGUCAACUAUUGGGUUUGCUGGAGAACGAUUCUCAUUGGGAUUUAACACUUGCGGAUUCAGUUGUUUCAUCAAAUGCGUACCAAAUACGAACGCUGUUCGCAAUUAUCAUCACCAUAUGUUUUCCUUCACAACCAAUUCAGUAAUGGAACAAAUUCAAAGACGAAAUAUGUGAAGAUAUCUUGCAUCGCUUGCGCAUUCAAACGAAUAAUCCUGACAUCCAAAUAACCGAUGAAAUCUACAAUGAAGGAUUGAUUCUGAUUGAGGAUCAAUGCUUGACUAUUGCAAACAAGCUAGUGAUUGAAGUAGGAAUGAUUGCGCCAAAUCGAUCGAUGCACGAUGCAUUCAACCAAGAAUUAAAUCGAGAGCUGCAAUACAAUGUUGAUACAUUGCAGGAAUUCGUUCGAAAUAAUGUGCCGUUGCUACAACAACAGCAAAAACAAGUAUACGAAACAUUAACGCAAGCGGUGGACAAUAAUACUGGUGGUCUAUUCUUCCUGGACGCACCUGGAGGAACAGGGAAAACAUUUGUCAUUUCAUUGAUUUUGGCCACUAAUCGAUCAAGUGGUGACAUAGCUUUGGCGUUAGCAUCAUCUGGAAUUACGGCGACCCUUCUAGAUGGCGGUCGUACUGCACAUUCUGCGCUUAAGUUGCCACUCAAUUUAAACACAAUUGAUACUCCAACAUGCAAUAUUUCCCGAUCCAGUGCAAUGGGAAAAUUAUUGAUGCAAUGCAAGCUCAUUGUUUGGGAUGAGUGCACAAUAGCACAUAAGAAAUCACUUGAAGCACUUAACUUCACACUGAAAGAUCUUCGGCGAAAUAACAACAUCUUUGGCGGCUUGAUGAUAUUGUUGGCAGGCGAUUUCAGGCAGACGUUGCCAGUAAUUCCCCGUGGAACGCCUGCAGAUGAAUUGAAUGCUUGCCUGAAGGCAUCACCUUUAUGGAAUAACGUAAAAACAUUAUCGCUAACCACUAAUAUGAGAGUUCAACUUCAAAAUGAUCAAAGUGCUGCACAAUUUUCCAAACAAUUGUUAUCUGUUUGAAAUGGAAAAGUCCCAGUUGAUGCGACAUCUGGAUUAAUUACUCUUACCAACGACUUUUGCCGAUUUGUAACUCUCAAUUAGCUCUUAUUGAAAAUGUUUUCCCAAACAUUAGUGAGAAUUAUCAGAAUUAUGCUUGGUUAAGUCAACGAGCAAUUCUUGCCGCAAAGAAUAAUGAUGUACACGCACUGAAUUUCACCAUUCAAUCAAAAAUUGCUGGCGAUUUGGUGACAUACAAAUCCGUUGAUUCCAUAACAAAUCCCGAUGAUGUAGUAAAUUAUCCAACGGAGUUUUUGAACUCUCUGGAGUUACCAGGAUUUCCACCACAUAACUUGCAACUCAAAGUUGGUACAGUUAUUAUGAUAUUGCGUAAUUUGAAUCCACCGCGACUUUGCAACGGUACUCGACUUUCGGUAAAAAGACUUAUGCCGAAUUUGAUUGAGGCAACCAUUAUUAACGGAAAGUACGCAGGUGAAAAUGUAUGUAUUCCUCGAAUACCAAUGAUUCCGACUGAUCUUCCGUUUGACUUCAAACCAUUGCAAUUUCCAGUUCGCCUUGCGUUCGCAAUGACAAUUAACAAGUCGCAAGGCCAAUCGCUUAGCGUUUGCGGGAUAAAUUUAGAAAAUCAUUGUUUUUCACAUGGGCAGUUAUACGUUGCGUGUUCACGAGUUGGGAAACCAUCCGCUUUGUUUGUGUUAACGUCAGACCAAAAAACAAAAAAUGUGGUUUACCAAAGAGCACUUCAAUGAAACGGAUAAUUUGCGGGCACGUAUAACGCUUCGAUUCAGUAUUUACUUUGGAUUCACUUUCAUUUACUUAGAGAAGUUCAACUAAAUAACACUUCAUUUUUGUAAUCGAAAUGUAUUCAUUACUGUUGUGAAAUGAAAUAAAAAUUUUCCUUUUCUAAUAUAAAACAAACAAAAAAAAUUCUUCAUCUUUUAAGCACCAAACGAAAUGUUGCAUAAAAUGAAGCCAUCUGGUGGCGAAACGGAGUUCGCCGGGUUUGCUAGUGUCACUAUAACAAUCACAAAGUCCUUGGAUCUAAGGAUAUUGGCACACGAUCUCACCUUCAAACAUAGCUGUAUCAUCGUGCUAACGAGACAUCAGUUAUAUUAUGCGGACGAAUUUCGGCAUAUGAAUUUUUUGGUUUAGAAGACUGUGUGUUUAGCUUCCCUUCCUUUGUCGCUAGGGGCGCUGUUCCAACUGCAUACGAAUUUAAGUUAACUUUUACACGAUCGAGAACGUUAAAAAGCUCGCACUGAGCACACUGACGCCCACAUAAUCGAUAAUUAAUUUAAUUAUUAAAUAAUUUAAUAAUUAUUAAAUAUAUUUAAUUAUAAUUGACAAUUAAUUAUCUAUUCCGUGCUGACGCCAACAAAUAAAUAUAUCCUGUAACAAAUUGGUUCACGGGUUGGUGGAGUUUCUUAGCUAUAGAACGUAAUAGCUAAAGAUACGAACGUAAAUACAUAAUAGAAGUUUUUAUUAGUAACAUUUCCAAACCAGUCUUAACUCUUUAUGAAGUUCAAAGUCUGAAUUUGAAUUUUAGUGGAUUACCCUAGAAAUAUCGAAGAUAAUUUCUCCAUGACAUAUUCAGCAGCAGCUUAGCGUUGAUCCGUUAUACAACACGGCUACAGUACGUAUUCUUUAUUGAUUCCUCAAAGAAACUUGAUUGAUCAUAGCAGAUCGAUGUAAAAUCAUCUUAGUUAAAUGUAAAAUUAUUAAUACCUGCCUACGACGUAUCGCGCAAUCACCUUCAUUAGGCCACGGACGUUUCAAAUCUGUUUUUCUGUCGCAACGUAUGGUUCGAAUGAUAGUUAUUAAGUACCUACAGCAUUUGUCAAUGGAAAGUUCUGGAAAAUCACGAUUUCAAUAAUACAUUUAAAUAUCAAUUACAUACGAAAAUAAUUUAUAAAAAUGAUCUUUCGUCAUUGGCCUACGGAACACAUAAUUUUUGUAUUUCAAAUAAAAGGAAACGUUUGGAA